AUGUCGGGCAACAUGCCAGGAGCGUUGCCGUCGUCGGCGUCGCAGCAUUCCAACUCGUCCAGCCAGAGCAAGCCGGCGCCUCUCUCGCUCGAACAGAGUCGCCAAGUCGCUCGCACCCACUUUGACGCGCUCAAGGGGUGGUUGCAGCGGCAGGGCGCUCUUGCCAACGCAUGGACCAGAUCGUAUGUCCUAUGUCCCUGCCCUCCCUGGGCUGAGAUGUUUCCUGCCCUCUCGGCCGAACUGACGCAUGCCCCCACUCGCUCCGGCUCUCCUUUGACCUCACCAUCCCAUUCCACCAGCAAUGCCCGCGAGAAGUUGACUCGCUUGACUCGACAGCAGUUCCAGGAAUUAUCGACCGACGUCUACGAUGAACUCGUCCGUAGAUCCGACGAAGGCGCAGGUCAGUCGAUGAGCAAGUCCCGGGCUGCCUCGAAAGUCGAACUGACGCGGGCGACUUCGGAUUGGGGACACCUUUCGGCUUCUCAUCCCAAUCUCUCCAGAUCCGUUCCUUGCCGUUCGCAACGACUUUCACCCCAAGCGGAAUCAAGCACGACAAAAACUCGCAACUCUACCCCUCCAAAGGUUCAAGGACCUCGCCAGUGACGUCUACUAUGAGCUCGAUCGGCGAUAUCCCGAAUUCAACGAGGACUCCGUGAGUGGGCCGGUGACAGGCAGCGUUGCAGACCCAGACUGACCCUUUCCCCGUUUCAACAGCCAUCGCAGCCGUCUUCAAGUGGUGGCUCCCAUCUCCCUCGAUCCGACUCGGUCUCCCGCUCCACGAGCGCUGCCAGUUCGUCGGCCCCACUCCAAGGGACCUCGCCCAUUCCCCCCACCCCGACCAACCUCGCGCAACAACGACGUGCACCCACACCACUCGGUCUCAGUCAAAACUCGUCCAACGACGUCGUUGUCCCCAACAAGAGCACACUCGUCAUCGAGGAAUCGGCCAAAUCACCCGCGCUCGGAGGCAGCAACCAACUCGAAUCCUCCACCCCCUCCUCUGCUUUUGGUAGCUUGACACAACAUGCUUCGGCCCAAAUCUCGAGCGUCGCUUCCGUCCCUGGUGCGAGCCCCUCAUUCUCGAGUGGGGCCCGGAUGGUACCCAAUGAUUAUGGCCAGGAUGCGAAUCGGCAACAGAGCCCGCCGAAUAGACCUGGGCAUGCGGCACAGGCGAGCGAAGCGUCGUCGGUAGGGACGAGAUUCAUCGGAGGCUACGGAACCAGUUCGAGCAACGACUCUUCCAAUCGACGCAACAGCGUGAGUUUCUGAGGUGGAUGGUACAUCUAGGGGACGAGCUUAACUGACGCUUUUCGGACAUGCAGUGGGACCACGAAGCGAAGGAGAAGCUCAAGGCGGACUACGAGUACAAGCUCACGAUGCUGCAAAGCCGGAUCGGCGAACUCGAACGCGAAGUCGAUGGGGCAAGAGGUGAUCUCAAGGUGCGGAGGCAUUCUGCCUGUGAAGUCUCUACCGAAAUCACAAUCCCUGAUCACCAUCAUCUUUGGAAACCCAACAGACACGAAGCAUCGAACAGGCCCGAUUACGCGAUCUCGAGGAUCAGCUCCGAAGCCACCGAGAUCGGAAUGAGUCCCAGUCCCUUGACAUUCGAAAUUUACGUUCGGAGCUCGAUCGGCUGAGCAACGAAGCGGCCACGCAGGCGCGCGGCGACCAUGACCGUGCGGCCUCUGAUGACCUGGCGAACGAGUUGAGGGCCGAGGUUGGCUCCCUCGUAGAUGAACUAAGGGAGGUGAAUGCCAAAUACGAGGAUGCGGUCGAGGGGUUGAACAGGGAACGACAGGCGAGGGAAAAGGUCGAGGACGAUGCGAGGAUGUGGAAGAAGAAGUAUGAGCAGACCAAGACGGAGCUCAGGAACUUGAAAGGUGCGAUUGCCGCCCGUUGCCGCUGGCCGCUGCGUGAUGAAACUUGCUGAUUCUCUGAUACUCCUCAUAUAGCCACCUCGCAACUGUUCACGGCGACAAUCAAAGUCGACAACGACAGCUUCAUGCCGGCCUCGCCCGAUGGAUUGCUGGCCGACGUCCACAUCUCCGAGUUCCAAACAUCCAUUGACGAUCUGCUCGACGCUGCCCGUUCGAAAGAGCCUUCUUCAGUGCUCACCGCCGCAAGAGCUAUCGUUGCCGCGGUUGAGAAGAUCGACAGCGAUGUGCAGGCGAUCGACCCGCGACGGAUCUCGGCCUUGCCUCCUAGCGAGCAGGACGCUCUGGCGCAGACCAAGGACAACAUUGGCGCAACUUUAUCGAACUUGAUGACGGCGAGCAAGAAUCAUGCGAUGUCAUUUGGCGUCUCGCCCGUCUCCCUCGUUGAUGCCGCGGCCUCGCACGUUUCGACGAGCGUCGUCGAGCUGGUGAGGAUUCUCAAGAUUCGACGAACGGUCAGUGGUUCUUCGGGUGGCCGAGGCCUCCCUUCCUCGUCGUCAAACGUCACCAGAGGCGCAGCAGGCGGCUUCGAGCCGAUGCCGAGUCUGAGUGAAUCACCGGACGUCUCGAACGCCCCUCCCCCACCGGCGAAACAGAAUGGUGGAACGACUGUCGGCUCGUCCUGGACGGGCGGCAUGAACAGCGUCAAGAACGUCUUGGGCAACUUUUCGUUGAACCGUGCGGCCUCGACGACACAACAGCAGCAGCAACAGCAAGCGCCGGCGCCGGCGAGCUCGGCCGCUCCGGAGCGAGAUUCGAGAGAAGGGGGGAUGUUGCCUUCGUCUUCGUCUUUGGGGUCGCUUAGCUUUGCUCGAACGCCGCCACCCGCAUCUUCGCAUGGCUUUGGAGGGAAAGCCGAGCCGAAUUCGUGGGAACAACAGAUCGUACGGGGUGGGGCGCCGUCGGCUUCGUCUUCGGACUAUCGACAACGCGACCCUCAGACGGCAUCACCGACCUAUGGGGGCACCUCGAACGCGCCGAUGCCGAAUGCGUACGGUCAACCCUCGCAACACGACGAUCGAUUCGCCUCGCCACAACCAACGGCUUACAACGGCAGCGACCUCGUCUCCCCCAACAGCGACUACGGGGGAGGGUGUCGGGACUUUAGGGACGAUAGUGCGCAUCAGCAGCAACAACAUGGGAGGGGGAGCUACGAUGCGCGCGACUCGUACGGUGAUCAGAUGGGGCAGUUUCGACAGGGGCAUGAGGAGCGGGUCGAUCAGCAUGAGGAGGAACGGUUGGAGAACAAUACGGAUGAACUUAAGGCGAGUUCAUAGAUGUGCGACAGAAGUUUCCUUGAAGUGAAUGCUGACGCUGCAUUGGGUUACACCCAGAACUACAUCGAGAACCAAACCGAGGCGAUUGUGCACUCGAUUCAAUCCCUCCUCGGCGCGAUCCGUGGCGGAGCCCAAGCGGAACAACUGAACGAGAACCUCACCCAAAUCAUCACCAUCGUAUCCUCGAUCGUCGCCAUAUCCCGUGACGCACUGCCCCUACAUUCCCGACCGGAGAGCGAAGGUAUUCUCCAAGACCUGGCGGAGAAUUGCGACAAAUUGAGUGAGAUGCAGAGUCUGGCUGCUUCGGGUGGGGGACCGAGUUCGACCGCGUUCAAUAAGCAGACCAAGCAGAGCAUGGCGAGUGCUUCGUUUGGGGUCGCCAAGAGUUUGAAGCAAUUGAAUGGGUUGUUGGCGACGAGGGAUGACGAGGAGAAUCUGUUAUGAUCGGAAUGACUUUUUAUGGGGGGCUCUUUUGGUGGGCCGUAUGCUGACCUUGUUCAAAUCCGUGGCUCAUCUUGACGAAACGUAACAUUUAUGCUUGUAACCAUGAAUUUUUCACAUGCUUUGUGUUACACUCCCAUUCAGUUUGAAUAAGGAGAGGGGAGGGCUGGGGAGGGUGACGACUUGCUACCGAAGAGGUCGAGUUCGGGCAACCCGCUGCCUGACUUGCUACCGUUCUCGUCGAUUCGCCAGACCGGCUAACGGCAUGUCGAUGAGGCGCCGCAGACGACACUCGUUCCCCGGUAAUGCAGGUAUCUCACCAAUCACUGUGGACGGGCUUCCCCAUGGGUUGCUUCACUCGUCAUCUGCUGCAGGUGGCUUAAACGGGCAUGCCAUAAGCGGCAUUCGGUGUCAUUCCACCGGUGCCACCUCCGGCGGUGCCACUGCAUCCUCACCUGCAGUCGCUACGAUCGACAGCGAAGGCAGAGCUCCGAGAAAAGUCACCACAACACCUUGGGUGUGCCACAUAUGGUCAGUCUCCAGCGUGGUCUCGUUGUACUGUGCGCUGUCACGUCGCUGAUUCCUGAAUCACGUGCAUGUUUGGGGACCCGACAGCCUCGAUGAUGUUAGCUCGCCCGUCGUCACCCCGUGUGGCCAUCUCUUUUGCUGGGAGCAUCUGCACGAGGUCAGACUAUUCGCUCUCCCUGAAGCUUUGGAAUGAUCAUCUCCUAAUGCUAGUCUACCCCAUCGAUGUGCUUCAACUCCUAGUGGUUCACGGUCGCUUCCGGUAUCACUCGUGCCCAAUGCCCCGUCUGCAAAGCCCCUGCAUCGGCUUCGUCCGUCAUACCUAUCUAUAGUGUCGACGGACAAGACGAGGACCCUAGGUGCGCUCCAUCGGUCUCCUCUUCCACCCUCGUUGCUCACGUCAUUGACUCGGGGAAGCUCCUAUCAUGGCUCCACUUCGCACCUCCGGACACAAUCUUCGUCCUACUCAACAGAGAAAAGCCCAUCCCACCAAGACCACGACCAGCCCAUUCCUCAACAACAAAUACGAGCGCUUCUACCUCGUCCUCAUUCCAUAGCUUCACCUUCGACGCUGGCAUUUUCGGUGCCUUACCCGGUUUCUCUAUGGCUUGGAAUUGGUCCAACGAUGGCCCAGGUUGGGUUCAAGCCCCUCACGGUAUGAGAAGAGGCGGCGUCCAUGGAGCCGGCGCUUUACAGGAAGAGAGUUUCUUGAGGAAUGCGUUUUCAAGAGUCAGUUCGGACCCGAUACCAAGAUCAGGGCUAUACCUUCAGGGACUGAUAGAGGUUGUCGGGGCGGUCUGACACCAGAUUUUCAUCUUCUUGUUUUUUGCUUUCUUCGGUAAGUCUGUGGCUCUGAACUUGUCGUCGAAGAUGAACUAG